AUGGAGGAAGAACGAUCAUUAACUGAAACUCCAACAUGGGCCGUCGCCACCGUUAUCUCUGUCAUGGUUGCCACCGUCUUUUGCUUCACCAAAUCUAUUGAAUUCUUUGGCCGGUGGUUAGACAAGAGAAAAAGGAAACCUCUGUUGGCUGCCCUUAACAAAAUCAAGGAAGAGCUUGUAGUAUUUGGGGUACUGUCCCUUCUUAUGGGGCACUUCAGUAUUUUUGUGGCCAACAUUUGUGUAAAAUCAUCGGUGUUUAGCACUAGGUUCUACCCAUGUAUACCGGAAACUGCAUCAACUCAACCAGUGGUGAUCAUUAAACACAUCACUAAUUCGAAUGAUUCCAUGUAUGCUCCUCCUGAACACCGUGAUCAUGCUAUAAUUCAUGCUAGGCAAUACUGUGACGAGAGCGCGAGUUGUUUUUAUUAA